UAAUAUGCAACAAAAUAAAAGAACAUCGAAGAUAACUAAUUUUUUUAACUCAACACAAAAAAAAAUUAAAACAGAAUCUAACGACGUCGUGGAUGACGGACAGCAGCAGUCACAGUCUGACUCACAGAGACUAAUUUCAACGGAAAUCAAGAAGAAAUCAGGGCAUUUGUAUGAUAUUGCCAAUUUUGUGGUCAAACACACUUUACAGUCUUCUGAAAUAUUUAAUUGUUUGAAAUUGACUUGGAUACCCGACCCAAAGUAUGAUUUUCCUAUACAUGCAGAAGGCAAACAUAGCAGAAAAUUUCAAUAUAAGUAUUUAGAAAUAUUUCCAUGGUUAGCUUAUAGUGAGAUUAAUAAAGGAGCCUAUUGCAAAUGGUGUGUUGUAUUUGCUUUUUCAGGCGGUGGAUCAGGCAACCAGUCGUUAAAGAAUCUAGUAAGAGAGCCGAUGACCAAGUAUAAGAAUGCAAUGGCUGAUUUAAAUGAACAUUCUAAAACCAAUUAUCAUAUGAUCUCUAGUCAAAGGGCAAAAGACUUCUUAAAAAACUAUGAAAAUGGAGACCAAACAGCGUUGUUCUCCACACUACCAGUUACUUCUGCCACUCCAGAACGCACGUUUUCUACUCUUAAAAGAAUAAAAACUUACCUGAGAUCAACAAUAUCCCAAGAAAGGCUAAAUGGUUUGGCUUUAACAAACAUUAAUAAGGAAGUAAAUGUAACUAUGGAGGAAAUAGCACAAGAUUUCAUAAAAAUCUCCGCCAGGAGAAUGCAAUUACAAGACUGGUCAAAAUAAUAAACAUUACUUAAAUUGUACAUGCUUUAAUAUAAGUACUUCAAUUGUCUUAAUCUUAAUUAAAUAUAAAAUAUAAUAUACUAAAACGUA